AUGAACUGCAGGGACUGGCCACAGAGCCGCAGUGAGGAGGCCAUGGACCAGAGGGAGCUGAAGGAGAAAGGACUCUUCACCAUCCAACACCUGGCUGGGUCCCAUUCAGAGGUCCUGCUUUGUAGACUUGGUGAGGUUUGCUUGGCAGUUACCAGCGAGGUGACCAACCUCCGUUCCAAGGUGUCCUGCUCUGCCAUUGUCACUCUGGGAGAGCUCUCUGUGACCUUGAAGAAGGACAUGGACUCUGAGGUGGAUGAGGUUGCUCAGGUCCUUCUCCAGAUGGUGUCCAGCUCCCCAGAAUUUGUUCAGAAAGCAGCCAGUCAGACCCUGGGGAUCAUGGUGGAGAAUGUGACUCCUGCACGAGCAAUGACUGCUCUCAUGGACAUGGGAAGAAUUGGAGUCACCCAGCUCGCAGGCACACCCAGGGCUGAGAGGCUGCCACACGUGGCAGGGAAGUUUGCUCAGGACUGCCACAAGGACACAAGGCAUUAUGGACAGGAGAUGCUGAAGAUGUUGCUCAAUCAUCAACAAUUUAAAAUGCUUUUGGAACAAUCUCUUCCCCCCUUCCCCCCCCCCCCCCCCCCCCCCCCCCCCCCCGGGAUGGAAAACCAGAAGGCUGAAGGCCCAUCUGUCAAGGAGCCGGUGAAGGAGAGGAACGAUGGCUCAAAGGAGCCCCAGGCCACAUUGGUGAAAUCUCCCUCUGAUGGACACCUCCUACACCGUGCACAAGCCCAGGUCACGUCACCUCCAGCUGUGGAAGAAACGGAGCUGCUCCAGAAGCUUUACCAUCUCCUGGAAGCCAAGGGGUUUCAGACAAGGAUGGAAGGAGUGGAACUCCUCCAAGACCUGUGCAAAACCAGCCCCCAGCUCAUCUUCAUUAACAUUACCCAAAUAUGUAGGAUUUUUGAAUAUUUUGUCCUGAGAAUAUCUGACAGCCACAAGAAAGUGAAGCAGAGGGUGCUGGACGUGCUGGCUGAAAUCACAGGAGCCCUGAAAGAUGCCUUGAACCCGGUGAUCGUUGGUUUGGUGGAAGGAAUAACAAAGAACCUGAACUCAAAGGAUCACAGGGUUCGUGGGCCAGCUGUGAAAGCACUGGAAGAAUCCAUUGCUCAUUUGGAUAAAGUGUCACUGCUGAAAGAGUUCAGCUACCAAUGGAAUCACCUGAGUGGCCAAGCCCUGCUGGAUGUCACCGAGCGUAUCACAGUGCUUGUGCAGGGGGUUCAUGCCAGGAGCCCUGAAGUCGUCCAGCGUGACGCCCUGCCCGUGCUCUGGUCCUGCCUGGGGAACAAGGCGCUGCCUGUGCGGAGCGCCAACGUUCGCACCGUUGCCACCAAGCUCGGCUCUGCCCUCUACAAGGUGAUGGGCACGCAGCUGAAGAAAUGUGCUGCCAGCAAGCCUCCACAUGUGCAGGAAAACCUCUCCAAAAUGUUGGGUCUGACUGGUUACAGUCUUACCGAGAAGUUUUCUCUGGACAAUUCUGAUGUUCCCUCACCCACAAAGUCCUCGCCUCCCAACCAGAAGAGCUCUCUUUCCUCCAAGCUCAGGAAGAAGCUGCCGCCUGUAUGA